UCGAAUAUUCGAAGAAGAUCAUUGAAAAUUUCUUGUUCGUACCAGUUCGAACAUGGCAGACUGCCAUUGGCAGAAAGCAGUUUUGAAGUUUAGUAUUUAUCGUGAAUUUAAAAGUUUUAAUACCGGUGAUUGAACAAUAUGAAUCGCAACGAGUUUUAUUCAAAGAAUAUAUAUAUGGUACAAAUAAGAAAAUCGAAACGACCGAAAUUUCAUCAAAUUGAUCUUUCAUACGGAUUUAAUUUGAUCAAAUAAAAAUAGACAAGAUGGAUGGAACAAGAGCUGCAGAGGUUUUACCUUUGCUUCAAGAACGUUUGGCCAUUCUGCCAGGUAGCCGAGAUCGUAGAGGUGGACCAGUACUUUUAUUUCCUACUACACCAAGACGUGAAAGAGCCAAACCUGAAGAUUAUCGCCGUCUUUUACAAUAUUUAUUGACUGUGCCCAGUGAUGAAGCUAGGGGUUUACGUUUCACUGUGAUUGUGGAUAUGCGUGGUGCUACUUGGGAUUCUGUCAAACCAAUUCUAAAGGUAUUGCAUGAACACUUUCAUCGAUCAAUCCAUGUUGCUUUUAUCAUUAAACCUGAAAAUUUUUGGCAAAAACAACGGACAUCAUUAGCCAAGCAAAAGAAAUAUAAUUUUGAAAUAAAUACUAUAAGUUUAGAAGCUUUGACAAAAGUAAUUGAUCCAUCACAAUUGACAGCAGAUUUAGAUGGAUCAUUACAAUAUGAUCAUGCUCAAUGGAUUGAUACAAGAUUAGCUGUAGAAGACUUUACAUGGCAAGCAAGUGAUCUUCUCGAUAGAUUAGAUGAUUUACAAGAGGAUUUAAGUCGAAACGAUUUUGCGGACGAUGUAGCUGGAGCAAAACACGGAAUUGAUUUGCAUAAUGAAAUGAAGAAAAAAAUUAUGAAAGUUCCGGUAGAAGAAAUUGAAGUUAUCGGUCAGCGAUUGUUACAACGCUUCGAUAAUAAUAUAGCAGCGAGUAGUGGCGAAGGCGGUAGUAUAGAAAGUGGAGCAACCGGUGGCACCGAUCCUGAUGGACGAGCAUUAGCCGCGUUAGUAAUUCAACAUUUAGAUUCUGUACAUGCUGCACAACAGCAUCUUCUACAAUUGUGGCAUAUUAAGAAGAUGAAAUUGGAUCAGUGCUUUCAAUUAAGACUUUUCGAACAAGAUUGUGAAAAAAUGUUUGAUUGGAUUUGUCACAAUAGAGAAGGAUUUUUAGCGAAUUACGUUGAAAUUGGACGUUCUUAUCAACUCGCUAAGAAUUUGCAGGAAGAGCACAAACAUUUCACUAUAAGUUCUAUGAACGUUUAUGUGAAUAUAAAUAAGAUUUUAACAAUGGCCAGUCGUUUGCUUGAAACUCAACAUUAUGCUGCCGGACACGUAAGAGCAGUAGCUGGCCGACUAGAUCGAGCUUGGAAAGAAUUUGCAGCAGGGCUUGAUGAGCGUACUGCGGUUCUUAGUUUAAGCGUUGUAUUUCAUCAUAAGGCAGAACAAUAUGUUGAUAGCGUUACAGGAUGGAGUCAAGCUUGUGAUGCUGGCAAUCUACCUAACGAAAUACCGAUUUUGGAAUCUCACAUACGGCAACAUCAAACUCUUUAUGAAGCAAUGUGUCAAGCUUACACAGAGGUAUAUGACGCGUAUCAGGCACUUUUGAGUGGACUAGGCUCAAUGCUGCAAGUUUGUCACGGCUUCGUUUCGACGCACAGUUCGAGCUCGGAUACAUUUUGCAUCGAUUAUAGUCAAGAUGGACAUGGCAUUGAUGGGCAUUCUGGUAUGAGUGGGAAUCCUGCUGCGGAUUAUAGCGAAGGUGCGUCUCAUGUAUUGGCAGUGAUCCAUCAAAUUUUGGGUCAUCAUAGGGCGUUGGAAGCUCGUUGGCAUGCUCGAAAAGUCAAAUUGCAUCAACGACUCGCGUUAAGAUUAUUUCAAGAAGAUGUGAAACAAGUUUUGGAUUGGUUAACUAAUCACGGUGAAGUUUUUAUUAGAAAGAAUACAGGUGUUGGUCGUAAUCUUCAAAAAGCGAGAGUAUAUCAGAAAAGUCACGAACAUUUUGAAAAUGUCGCACAGAAUACAUAUACGAAUGCUACAAAAUUACUUACUGCUGCACAAGAAUUGGCUCAUACUGGUGAAUGUGCUGCUGAUGAGAUAUAUGCUGUAGCGCAAGAAUUAGAGGCUCAUGUUAGUAGUUUUGCGGCAAGAGUCGAACAACGUCGUCGAAGAUUAGAUUUAGCAGUUGUAUUUUAUACACAUGAAAAAGAGUUAAGUGGUUGGGUUGACGAAUUACGACAAGAAUUACAACAAGACGAAGUGGCGGAAAAUUUAGAAACAGCAGAAAGAUUGUUGGAACAAUGUGCACAACAUCGAGCCUCUUGCAUGGAAGCAUGUGCAUCGACUAUUGUUCAGGGAGAAGCAUUGCUUCGAGAAUUGCGAGAAUCUACUGAUGCUCCUGAUACUACUGGCUCUAUAUCUGCGGUAGAAGCUGCAUUAGAUAGGUUAGCGAGUUUAAGACAGGAAUUAGAAGAUUUAUGGGCUACCAGAAAAUUGAGGCUAGAAUUAUGUUUACGACUACGUGUAUUUGAAAGAGAUGCUCUAGAAGCGAGUGGUCAAUUAGAGAUGUGGGCACAAGAAUUACAAGGCCCAUCUCGAGAAGGUUCCCCUGAACAAUUAUUGCGUGCUCAUAAUGAUGGUGUUGCUCAUAUGCAGAAUACUGCAUUUCAAGUUUUACAACAAGGUCAAGAACUUGCUCAGGUAUUAGAACAAGCAGGAGUUUGCAUAAUGGCAGAUGGACAACAUAGUGCUGCGACUAGAGUACAAGUGCUUCUUGAAUUUUUAAACGAAAGAGAAAUGGAUGCGGAAGAUUUAGCGGAGAUGAGAAGAGUUCGUUUAGAGCAAGCUUCUCAAUUGGUUCAAUUACAAACCGACGCUACACAUGUUGCCAAUUGGAUUCGUAAUGGAGAAGCUAUGUUAUUAGCUUCUUUGAGAGUUCCGGAAAAUCUUCAGGAUGCAGAACAGCUUCGUUUAGAACACGAACAGUUUCAAGUCGCUAUAGAAAAAACACAUACUUCAGCUGUUCAGGUAAAACACAGAGCAGAUGCAUUAGUGAGUGCUAAUCAUUAUGACCCAAAGAGUAUAAGAGAAGUGGCUGAGGAUGUAACUAAAAGAUGGCAACAACUUGUGACAUGUGCAGAGGAAAGACAUAAACUAGUAACAGCUAGCAUUAAUUUUUACAAGACGGCAGAACAAGUUCGUUCUGUAUUAGAUAGCCUUGAACGUGAAUAUAAAAGAGACGAAGAUUGGUGUGCUUCUGGUGAAAAAGCUACACAAGUUCCAACACUUGUUGGCAAACAUCAAGAACAAAAAGAAGCAUUUUUAAAAGCAUGCACAUUAGUACGGCGAACUGCGGAAACAUUUCUUAAAUAUACGAACCGUAGUCUUCAAUUUUAUAGUUAUCAGGCAAAUAGUGCUGGUUCUGAGAAUAAAGUUAAAAAUAUUUUGGAGGAGUUACUUAGUAAAGAGAAUCGCGUACUCGAAUACUGGACGCAACGUAAGAAACGAUUGGAUCACUGUCAUCAGUAUGUUCUGUUUGAGCGUAGUGCUAAACAGGCUUUAGAAUGGAUUAGAGAAACGGGUGAAUUAUAUCUAGCAACACAUACCAAUGUUGGUAAAAAUCGUAUUGAAAACGAACAAUUAUUACGCGAACACAAUGAAUUUAAAGGUGCUGCGAAGGAAACACGAGAAAGAGUAAAGCUGUUGAUUCAACUUGCUGAUAAUUUAGUCGAGAAAGGACAUGCUCAUGCAGUCGCAAUCAAACAAUCUGUUGCUGAAGUGGAUCAACGAUAUAAAGAUUUUAGUACGCGUAUGGAUUGUUAUAAAACACAAAUUGAAGAAGAUCUUGGAAUUCAAUCAGACGAUGGUCAAAAGGAUCUUUCUAUCGAUCGCAAUUCCGAUCCGUUACUUGAGGAAAAGAUCAAAGGAAAAGAUUUAAAAGAAUUAAACGAAGAAAAAAGAAGAUCAGCACGGCGAAAGGAAUUUAUAAUGGCUGAACUGCUACAAACAGAACGAACUUACGUGAAAGAUUUAGAAACUUGUAUUCGAUGUUUCUUGGAAGAAACACGUUGUGGAAAAGGAAAUGUUCCAUCUGGAUUGCAAGGACGAGAAUCUAUAAUUUUUAGUAAUAUGGAAGAGAUUCAUCAAUUUCAUAGUAACAUAUUUCUUCGUGAACUUGAAAAAUACGAAACUAUGCCCGAAGAUGUUGGACAUUGUUUUGUAACAUGGGCACCUAAGUUUGAUAUGUAUGUGACAUAUUGCAAGAAUAAACCAGAAAGUAAUCAAUUGUUAGUUACUCAUGGUGGGACAUGGUUUGAAGAAUUACAAAGAAAACAUCGAGUUGAACAUCCGAUUGCUGCAUAUUUAAUUAAACCCGUACAAAGAAUAACAAAAUAUCAAUUAUUAUUAAAAGAUCUUCAGGCUUGUUGCCAAGAAGGACAGGGCGAAAUAAAAGACGGCCUUGAAGUAAUGUUAAAUGUGCCUAAGAAAGCAAAUGAUGCCUUACAUUUAAGUAUGCUGGAAGGUUGCGAUGUGAGAAUAGAUACAUUAGGUGAUGUAGUAUUACAGGAUUCUUUUACAGUAUGGGAUCCUAAACAAUUGAUUAGAAAAGGCAGAGAUCGGCACAUAUUUCUAUUUGAAUUGUAUCUGCUUUUUAGCAAAGAAGUGAAAGAUUCUGCUGGGAAGGUGAAAUAUAUUUAUAAAAGUCGUUUAAUGACUUCUGAGUUGGGUGUAACUGAACAUAUUGAAGGUGAUGAAUGCAAAUUCGCAGUAUGGACAGGUCGUGCACCGACUAGCGAUACACGCGUUGUUCUUCGAGCCAAUUCAAUGGAUGCUAAGCAAUUAUGGGUGAAAAGAUUACGCGAAGUUAUUCAAGAAACAUAUUUCAGUUUAAGUAUGCCCAAGAGUCCUGCGAAAAAGAGUUCAAGUCAACGAUCUAGUAGAGAUCUUGAAGAAUGUACUUCUUUGGAUGAUAGUGUUGAGAAUUUGGAUAGAAAUUCUUUGGCAUCUUUUGGUUCUACUAAUACUACAGACUCGGAUAAGACUGGCGUAGCCGAGGUGACUUGGGUCAUUGCCGAUCACUCUGCAGCACCAGGCUCGAAAGAGUUGACGGUAACGAAAGGUCAACAAGUUGAAGUAUUAGAAAAUGGAAGUAACAUUAGCGGUGUGAAUACAUCCGAGUGGACUCACGUGCGUUUACUAGUUGCUCCAGGACAAGUUGAUCCUCCUCCAGAAGGAUUAGUUCCUACUAGUGCGCUUAAACAACCUCCUCCAGUUUCUAGUAAAACUUCACCAUCUAGGAAAGUUCCAGGACAGCAACAACAACAACAGCAGCAGCAACAGCAACAACAACAAUUACAUUAUCAACAACAAUCGAGUAGUCAAGUUCAAACUGUCGCAUCCAGUGGAGGAUUUGCAACUGCAUCUUCUGCUGCUGGAAUAGCAGGCUCUUCGUCGACGAUUACAACAAGUAUAACACCUGUGUUACCAAUUCAAAAUGUUCCUGCGUUGCCGGAUGAAACUGAAAAUGUUGCAAACGAUGGAAGUAGUCCUGCGAACACAAAUUCUCCAGGAAACAAAAGGCGUGGCUUUAGCGGGAGAAAGUGGUUGCCUCCACCAUUGCGUAAACUUAGCCAAGGUAAAGUCGAGAAGUCACCACCGACGACGACAUCGACGGCAACAUCGAUGACAUCGAUUGUGCCGUCGUCAGGUGAUCGAUUGAAAAAGAAUGUCUCGGAAAAACGAUUCAAAUUACCGACUGGUGCGGAACAAUCUCGACCGUCCAGAACUGCUUCUAUUUCUAUCUCUGCGUUAACAACAGCGACUGCCUCUAUGCGUGUGUCUGCCUCUGAAGCGGACCUUGACACUGAACUUCAACCAGGAAUCGAAGGAGAAGAGGACGAAGGAGAAAUGGAACAAUCGGAGCCAGAAUUGGAAGAAGACGUACCGGAACCCGAUAACACGGAAGCUUUAACUUAUUCGGAACAAAAUGGAGCGGACGAUGUCGAAGACGAAUUAGAACUUCCUCCACCGAUGAAACCCAUCACUGAACCGAUACUUGUAGGAACUGCGAAUGGGGCAUCGGGAUCUGCAAUUGCAACAGAAGGCUGUGGAAAAUCUCGAACGUCUGAACGUUCAACGAAGAUUCUUGACGGUGCCACAACGGUUGAUCUAGCUGAAAUUGAACAGAUCGUAAAAGAGAGAAUGGAACAACAUACGGAAAAUCAAGAAAGACAAAGUCUGAUGCGAACACCUAGUGGUAAAAAUUCAAGCAUUGGUGGGGAUAACGAUUAUGACAAAGAUGCAGUAUCAAGUACAACUGCUACGACGAUUGCUGCGUCAACGACGGUAAUGACAACAAUAGCGACAGCAACUGCAGCGACGGGGAUAAUGACGACGACAACUAAGAUAGGAACAACAAGCAGCCCUGCUCACGGGAAUUCGGAGGAAUACGACUUGGAAAGCGCAGUGCUAGUGAAACGACAAUUCGUUAUUCGAGAAUUAGUCGAGACGGAGAAAGAUUAUGUAAAUGAUUUAAAGCAAAUAGUUGAAGGAUACAUGGCAUUGAUGCGAGAUUCUGAAUCUCAAGUGCCAUUGCCGGAUGAUUUGCGCGGUGGAAAAGACAAAAUGGUGUUUGGUAACAUAGAGGCAAUCUACGAAUGGCAUAGAGAUUUCUUUCUGAAAGCUUUGGAACGUUGCUUGGAACGGCCGGAAGAGCUUGGGCCGUUGUUUAAGCGAUACGAAAGGAAGUUACAUAUGUAUGUUGUUUAUUGUCAAAAUAAACCAGUCUCCGAGUAUAUUGUUUCUGAGUAUAUAGAUACCUAUUUUGAGGACUUGAGGCAAAAGCUCGGACAUCGAUUACAAUUAUGCGAUCUUUUAAUCAAACCUGUUCAAAGAAUCACAAAGUAUCAACUUCUUCUUCGAGAGGCAUUAAGACUUACCGAACGAACUCAAAGAAUUUCGGAAAUCGAAGGACUUAGAGCAGCGGUUCAUGUAAUGCGUAUUAUUCCAAAAGCGGCCAAUGACAUGAUGGAUGUUGCAAGACUUCAAGGUUUCGAUGGAAAAAUUACAGCGCAAGGAAAAUUAUUAUUGCACGGACCACUUUUAGUCUCAGAAUUUUCUUCGAAUUUGCCUAGUAAGGAAAAAGAAUGGCAAGUCUUCCUGUUCGAACAAAAUAUUAUUUUUAGUGAGGCUGUCGGAAAAAAGACGCAAUUCACCAAUCCUGUCUAUAUUUACAAAGCUCAUAUUCAGGUGAAUAAAAUGAGUUUGGAAGAAUGUUAUGAUGAUUCGGAGAAGUUUAUAAUUCGAUCAACAGAUCCUCGAAAACCUGGCCUUGGAUUCUCUUGUAGCGCAGUAGAAGAAAAUGGGCCACGGAAGCAGGAGUGGGUAGAUACGAUCACUGCCAUCCUGCAGACCCAACGUGACUUCCUUAAAGCGAUACAGUCACCAAUUGCCUACCAAAAGGAACUUACCAAAGAUCCAUUUCGUGGCGUGAGUCCGGAUUCUCCAUGUCGAGGGAGUGUACUUUCAUCAACAAUACCGAACAUGUCUAAAACGAACGAAGAACGGAGAAAUGAAAUCGCUGCUACUACCUCUUCAAAAGCAUUAGCUACAGCUGCAGCAGCGACAGCUACGACAACGUCGGUUUUACAGCGACCUCGUACCGGAGGCUUGGAUCAGGAUUCUUCGCAAUCGCCAAGUCCUAGCAAAAGCAGACUGAACUUUCUUGAAGGAUUCAGAAGUACUCUACGUCCACGAUCACCUGUUCGCAACAACUCUAUUCCGAUCGUUCCAGGAAGCAGAGUAAGAUUAACCGCAGAUUGGGGCAAGUUACAUGCUGGAGAAGAAUUGGAGAUCUUCCGUGUGGAUGGUCCAGGGCUAAUCGUCUCUCCGGUAAUCGGGAAAAAGGAGGAAUUCUGGAUUCCGGCGAGUCUCGUUCCAAAUUCAUCGAUCAGCCGCGCAUGGUCUUUCCGUCCGCGAAGAAUCGAUUCCGAGGGAGAGAACGUCCGUCUUCCGCAAGAUAUGUGCGCGGAAGAGAACGGUCCUCCCGCGAUUUUGACUAUUCCGUGUUCGGCGACGGCAGGUGGCGUGGCUCGGCUCGUACUGGAAGCUCGCCGCGUGGAACGUGCAGUCGUACGUUGGAGAAAGGAGGGGCAACGAUGUGACAUCGAGGAAAGCGAUCGAUAUCGACUUUACCGAACGAACGAUUCCCUUUGUCUCGAAAUUGCUCCUUGCCUUCCUUCUGAUUCCGGGAUUUACCACUGUCGCGUCGAACAUGAAACGGGUUCUUGUUCAGCAAAAAUUCCCCUUAGUAUCGUAGGUAUCGAUACGACAAACGCUUGGUGCGAUACAAUCGAAUGCAAUCGAUCAAACGGAUUAACAACCACAAAGGAAACCUCGUCGAUUGUAACAUUGUCCGAUUCGAGGAAAAAAGUAACGAAAAAUGUAGAAAUUGAACAAUUUAAUAACAAAUAUAUCGAGCUGGAAGAAUUAGGAAUUGGUAGAUUUGCUAGAGUAUGCUGUGCAAAGGAGAAAGGAUUCGACCGAGAAGUAGCACUCAAACAAAUAUCUCGAUUGAAGCAACCGCUAUCGUUAACUCGUGCCGAGUAUGAUCUUCUCAGGAAUAUACGCCAUGAUAAUAUUGUUCGAGCAUUUGCACUUUUCGAGGAUACACCUCAACCGGAUAUCGAUACUAUUGUUUUACAGGGUCAAGGGUUCCACAUUGUUUAUUUAUCUUGGCGAACAAAUUGAAUAUACCGAAGCGACUGUUGCAAAGUAUACCGGUCAACUAUUGUCAGCAUUACACUGGUUACACUCACGUAAACGAGCUCAUUUAGACUUAAAACCAGAAAACGUUCUAAUUGAUGAGAAAACUGGUGUUGUAAAACUAAUAGAUCUUGGUGAAGCUGUCAGAGCGGUACCACUUGAUGAAGUUGUUCCUCCAGUUGAUUUGGAAUUUGCAGCUCCAGAAUCGGUUCUUGGUAAACCAACAGGAUCCUAUACGGACAUGUGGGCUGCUGGUGUUUUUCUUUAUGUAUUAUUAAGCGGACUUUCUCCCUUUUUGGAUGAUUCCAUUGAAGAAACUACCGCGAACAUACUAAAAUGCGAUUUUUGUUUUCCUGAUGAAUAUUUUAAAGAUAUAUCAUCUGAUGUAAAAAAUCUUCUUGAAACAUUGUUAUGUUUACGUGGAGAAGACAGAGCAACCGCUCAAUUAAUUCUAUCUUCACCUUGGUUU